AUGUCAGAGACAUCUUCCCAUGAGUCUUUCUAUGAUUCCCUAUCAGAUGUUCAGGAAGACACCAAGAAUAUUGAGUUCUUCUCUGAGUUAUCUGCCUUUCUCAGCCAGGAAGAGAUAAACAAGAGUCUUGACCUGGCUAGGGAAGCCAUAGCCAACUCUGAAUUGGAAGAUUUUGACUCAGAAAAGGAGAUCACUCGUAUUUUAAAAACCUCUCCAUCAAGCCUCUCUGAAAAAACUCACAAAGAGACCAAACUGGAUGAGCAGAUGACUUCAGCAACGCCUCAGGAAAACAGACCAACUAGAAAUCAGACUUCACCAGAACAAGAAUCCCUAGUCCUCCAAAACAGGAGCAUCUCUACACCUACUUCCAAGAGAAAACCCACUGGCUCACCUCUGCUGGCUGCCAGUCCUAGCUACAUUCGGAGCCUCCGGAAUGCUGAGAGACAUGGUCCAAAGGCAGGAAACUCAAGUGCUAGGUCCAAAUCGGUAUAUCAGGGAACCCUUGGGUCCCAGAGCCAACUCCGUGACAAGGCAGCUAAUCUGAUCGAAGAGCUCUCUUCCAUAUUUAGAGAGGCAGCAAAGCCAAGAAAUCUAAAUCUAAAUGGAGAGUCCUCAUCCCCAGAUAGUGGGUACCUGUCUCCAAAGAAUCAACCAUCAGCCUUAUGUACUUCAGCCAGUCAGAGCCCAACUGAAGACCACCCAGAAAUGGAGACAGAAGUCAAAUUAUCAGCAGCUAACCACAUCAAUGACUACUGCCAGAAGAGCCAAGCUAUUAUUCAGUCUGGCAAUGGCAUCUUACAUAAACCACUUUGUGAUCCCAUGAACCUCCCAGCUGCCCCUAGAUUCACACAGAAAUUGCGAAGUCAAGAAGUAGCUGAAGGGAACAGAGUUUAUUUGGAAUGCCGAGUCAUGGGCAAUCCAACUCCUCGGGUCAGAUGGUUCUGUGAAGGAAAAGAGCUUCAGAACUCCCCAGACAUCCAGAUCCAGUGUGAGAACAGAGGUCUCCAUACUCUAGUCAUCACAGAGGCUUUCGAGGACGAUACGGGACGUUACUCUUGCCUGGCUACGAAUCCUAGUGGUUCAGACACAACAUCUGCUGAAGUCUUCAUUGAAGGAGCCAGUUCAUCAGAUUCUGAUAGUGAACGUUUAGCUUUCAAAUCAAAAGUUGGAGAUAUGCCACAAGCCCAAAAGAAAACAACCUCUGUUUCCUUAACAAUAGGAUCAUCUUCCCCAAAGACUGGAGUGACUACAGCUGUGAUUCAGCCCAUCUCUAUUCCUGUUCAGCAGGUUCAGAGUCCCACUUCGUAUCUCUGCCGACUAGAUGGAGCCAAUUCUGGGUACACUCUUCCCAUUUUUACAAAGGAACUGCAAAAUAUUACAGCCUCAGAGGGACAAGUGGUUGUCCUGGAGUGCCGGGUCAGAGGAGCACCCCCAUUGCAAGUCACAUGGUUUCGAGAAGGCAUUGAAAUUCAGGACUCUCCAGACUUUCGGAUUUUACAGAAAAAACCUCGAUCCACAGCUGAACCUGAGGAGAUUUGUACCCUGGUCAUUGCAGAGACUUUUCCUGAGGAUGCAGGAAUCUUCACUUGCUCUGCAAAAAAUGAAUAUGGAUCUGUAACCAGCACAGCAGAGCUAGUUGUCAACUCAGCCAACAUAGAAAACUGUGACCUUGACUCCAUAAGACAGCCCAACAGUGAUGAUUUCCAACAUGAUCCACCUCCCCCUCCACCUUUAGAGAUCAGUUCCUUUGAGAUGACUCCAGAGAAACCUCCAGAGAGCCAGUCAGUGACCCACUCUGAGCUUGGACUAGGCAUGGCAGGCCUUCAACUGCAACUCAACUCUGCCAGGAGGGAAACCAAUGGCAUCCAUCUGAGCCACGGAGUAAAUGGACUGAUUAAUGGCAAAGCAAACAGUAAGAAAUCUGCCCCAAAGCCAGCUGCCCUGCUUUCACCCACAAAGGAGCCACCUCCACUGCUCGCCAAACCAAAACUGGGAUUUCCAAAGAAGACUGGCAGAACUGCUAGGAUAGCCUCUGAUGAAGAGAUUCAAGGCACAAAGGAUGCUGUCAUUCAAGACCUUGAAAGGAAGCUUCGCUUCAAAGAGGACCUUCUGAACAAUGGACAGCCGAGAUUAACCUAUGAGGAAAGAAUGGCUCGGCGACUGCUAGGUGCUGACAGUGCCACUGUCUUUAAUAUCCAUGAACCUGAAGAGGAGCCUGCUACACAGGAAAUUGAGUCUCUUCAUGCUUCUUCUAUAGUGAAUUCUCAGGAUGGUCAAAAGGAGUACAAAGUCUCCAGCUGUGAGCAAAGACUCAUCAGUGAAAUAGAGUACAGGCUGGAGCGUUCUUCCCUAGAUGACUCAGGUGAUGAAUCGCAACAAGGAGAUGGGCUGGUGGAGAAUGGAAUGGCACCAUACUUUGAGAUGAAGCUGAAACAUUACAAGAUCUUUGAGGGCAUGCCAGUGACAUUCACAUGCAGAGUGGCUGGGAAUCCAAAGCCAAAGAUCUAUUGGUUCAAAGAUGGAAAGCAAAUUUCUGUUAGAAGCGAUCACUACAGCAUUCAAAAAGAUCCUGAUGGGACCUGCUCUCUCCACACCACAGCCUCCACCCUAGAUGAUGAUGGAAAUUACACUAUCUUGGCUGCAAAUCCCCAGGGCCGAGUGAGUUGUACUGGAAGGCUGAUGGUACAGGCUGUCAACCAGAGAGGCCGCAGUCCUCGUUCUCCCUCAGGCCAGCCUCAUGUGAGAAGACCCCGAUCUAGAUCACGAGACAGUGGAGAUGAAAAUGAACCAAUUCAAGAACGAUUUUUCAGACCUCACUUCUUGCAGGCGCCUGGAGACCUCACUGUUCAAGAAGGAAAACUCUGCCGAAUGGAUUGUAAGGUCAGUGGAUUACCAACACCAGAUUUAAGUUGGCAACUGGAUGGAAAGCCAAUUCGCCCUGACAGUGCUCACAAGAUGUUGGUGCGUGAGAAUGGUGUGCACUCCUUGAUCAUCGAACCUGUCACAUCUAGAGAUGCUGGCAUCUACACAUGUGUAGCCACCAACCGAGCUGGGCAGAACUCAUUCAGCCUGGAACUCAUUGUUGCUGCUAAGGAAGCACACCAAGCCCCUGCAUUUCUUGAGAAGCUGCAGAACACAGGAGUUGCUGAUGGGUACCCAGUGCGACUGGAAUGCCGUGUUUCUGGAGUUCCUCCACCUCAGAUAUUCUGGAAGAAAGAAAAUGAGUCGCUCACUUACAGCACUGACCGCGUGAGCAUGCACCAGGAUAAUCAUGGCUACAUCUGCCUGCUCAUUCAAGGAGCUACAAAAGAGGAUGCUGGAUGGUAUACUGUGUCGGCAAAGAAUGAAGCUGGGAUCGUGUCAUGCACUGCCAGGCUGGAUGUUUAUACCCAGUGGCAUCAACAGCCCCAGAGCACCAAGCCAAAAAAAGUACGACCCUCAGCCAGUCGCUACGCAGCACUUUCAGAUCAAGGACUAGACAUCAAAGCAGCGUUUCAGCCUGAAGCCAACCCAUCUCACCUGACUUUGAAUUCAGGCUUGGUAGAGAGUGAUGAUCUGUAGAUCCUGUGUUAUUUGCAAAACAGAAACACUGAAAGCCAUUGCCUUGACCAACCAUAUUCCUUUGUCACUUUAUGUAAAAGGUAGACACACACCUUUGACUACAUACAAGAGAUAAAGAACACCAUAACCUUACUUUUUUAACUUACUAUUACACCCAGUGGAGAGUAUUAGUAGCUGGUAUUCAUAGAAAUGUACACCUUGCACCAAAAAUUCACAUUCAUCCAAUUUUUUAAUUUUGAGAUUUGCUAUGAGUAUCUUUGUCAGAAAUGCCAAAGCACUAAAGGAAACCAAUUGAGUGAAAGCAAACACGGUUUGUAUGCAUCACCAAAUGCCUUUAAACACAAGCUCACUAGUGCUCUUCAGCAUACUGUGAAAUGCUUAAUUGGAGGCAGUUGGACUACAAGUCAAAACUAAAAUAUGAUGCUAAAGUGGCAAUGCAUUGAGACAGCUACAGUGAACAAGUGCAAUAUGGUAGAAUCCAAAAGGACAAAUACAUCCAAGUAAACAUUUUCUUCCUUCUGCAAAUUGCUUCCUGUUAUAUCAUAGAGAAAGAACUACUUGCCUUAAAUGUUCAUUGAUAUCAACAGUUUUCUAGCAAGGUUAACACCUUAGUUUUGUUUUGUUUUGUUUUUUUUCCUAUGUGUAGUAUUUUUUCUCUUCCUGCCUCCUCCUCCCCUUGGGCUGGAAGCUUAUUUACAAUCCAUACUGAAAAAGGCUAAUUUAAGUACCAAUAAUUUAAUGUAUUUUGAAUAAGGUCUGAAGUGUAUAGUACAGUCUGUUCCAUGGAAGGAAUCCAAACACCCCCAUGACAACCAUGGCAUAUUAUUCUAGGAGGAUGGAUGGGAGAGGAGAAAGAAGGUAGUGGAAUACAAGAAUUUUCUGCCAUUGUGAUUGUACUGCAUUCAUUUAAAUGAACUGGAAAGAACAGGAAGAUGGUAAAGACCAGGUCUGUUUUUGUUGUUGUGAGUGAAUGAAUCUCAAAUUUAUUUGAAUAAAACACCACCAUUCGCAAGUCUCAAAUGCUGGGGUCAGCUAGAAGUCUAGGGUAUGUGUAAGGAGGGAAUUUCAGUGUGUGUGGUAUUUCUGUCUUGUCUGAGAACUGGAACAGUAUAGAGCAAGUUGAAAUGGACUGAAUCUGUAAGACUGAUGGAAAUGGCAAGUAAGCACCUGUGGGAGCUGGUUUCAUGGCUAUUUGAAGGAAAUAAAGCUUGAGGAGGGGCAAAAACAGACUUGUGUCAUAAUGUAUUUUACUUCAUGGUAUAUACAUGGUCAUGGCAAAUGCUAAAUAUCAAUUUACUUCUCUGCUAUGCUAUAAUCCAGUGACCCUCCUCUAAGAAGGGACUAUGUUACAUGCAGUACAUGAAGAUGUUAGAUUAAAGGCUGCUUUCCAAAUGCAAGGUGAUUCGACAUCAAACUGGACUGGGCAGAUUCUGACUAGACUUGGAGGUCUUAAUUCAGAACUAAGCCAUUUUAAUGAGGGAAAAAUAAUUAGGCUGAACGAGAAAACAUGAGGUUUUGAUGGUACUUCGCUAUGAAAGGAAAACACUGUAUUCCUUAUACAAAGCACAUAUAUCUUUCAUUAUUUAUAAUAAAAAUGUUGAAAUCUAUCUCAGCUCAUUUAUUCAAGUUAUUACUUUGUUUUGUUUUGUUUUUUUAAAGAAUUUUAUAAUUGUGUACCACCCCAUAUAUUUUGCAUUACGGCUACACAUGUAUUGCUUUGUACCUCUUUGUAAGAACACCAACCAGGUUUUAAGUGAUUGAUGAACUUUCACACUUAAGAUAGCUAUUGUUCUCUGGAGAGUGAUACCAGUUUUCUGACCACACUCAUACACAUGGCUAAUAUGAAUUUAAGAUGCAGUACCCAGUCGGUCCUGGAACUAUUCUACCUAUACUUUAGAAAUAUGUCAUGUAUCACUUGCCAAAUUUUUCUGAAUGUGACUUGCUAAUUUACUGGUUUUUAGCUUCACUAGCAUUAUUUUGCCACCUUUUAUUUGUAUUUAUAAAGAAACAAUGUACUAGCAUACUGCUUUGGAUUGUCGUGUUGAUAACAUGUGGUUUUAACAUCAAUAAAUAUUUAACAAGUAA